AUGUACAGUGGCCGGCGGCUCUGUGACAGAGGUGGCGUAUUACAACUGCAGCCCGGCGACGGAGAGCAUCGAGCGGCUCUGCAUUUGACAGCCUUUGAAGUCCGUUGGAGCACGGCGACGAUUUUUGAUCUACACGCAUGUCAGACCUGCUUGAGUUCUCUCAUGCUAUGGAUAUGUGAUUUCGUAUGGCCAUUUGAAGAUGGAUGUAAUGAAAGUGUAACUAAAACAAAGGGAAACUCUCGGUCUUAUAGCUCUUUUUGUAAUCAAAACGAGGUGGUGCAAGAACCUUACCUUGUGUGGGUGACUGAUGAUGGCUCGGGGUAA